AUGGCAGGCCUUCAAUGUGUAAAGGGAGACUUUGAGGUCAAGGUGGACUUGGCAAGUGACACAUUACGAGAUCUGAGACAGAAGCUCUCUGGUGAAAGUGGAAUCCCAGCACAUGUCCUCCAUUACAAAAGUGAACMCGGUGGAGUUGGACAGACUUUGCUAGAUUGUGGAAUCAAUGYGGAGUCAACUGUGYGCUUUUCUUUGUCCUCCUUCCCUGAUGAGCGUCCAGACACUAUGGAAUUCUACUUCAAUGAUGUCGUACCCUCAGUGSAACAAUCCCAGAAAGGACUCAGUGCUUUCUUUUCUUCACUUUAUGCCAUUGACAAUAGAAAACAACGUUUUGGAGAUGGAUUAAACAAAGUGACUGCAUACAUUCGAAAGCUCAGUGGGUGCAAUCCUUUGGCCCAAAGUCUGCAUCAGCUGUUGUUCAGAAAUGAGGUUGGAACAAGGACCCAGAAGGUUGCUAUCGUUGAAGGAUUGUACAAUCUUUUCAGAGAGCUGUUGCCAAGCCUCCACAAAAGAAGAGGUGACAAAWUCAUUGAAGACUCUGAGGUUUUUGAGAAUGCACCAGUGUGCUGGGCCUACCUGUUAUCUGAAGCAAAGAAAGAGAGUUCACAACAUGAGGUCUAUGUACCGAUAGWCUUGAACUCUCAACCUGGAGAACGUUUCUGCGAACCAGUUCGAGUACCUGGGUUACCAGAUGUCUUUGAYAGAGAGUAUGUUCUGCAGAAAAUCAAAGAUGGAGAGAAAAUCCCAAACUGCUCUGUGGAGAUCCUGACAGAGACUUCAAUGUCUAGAGCCUCUGAUGUUGAAAGGAUUUUGCUCAGUCUGCCUCCAUUCAUCAAAACAUUCCUUAAGUGGGCUUCAUCUGGUCUUGUGACUYGCCAAAACUUUCAGAUUGUUCUCGAUGACACAUUUGCCACGAUGAACGAAGAAGUGAAAGAAUACGUUAAUCUGACAGUGACUCCAGCAUUACAGUUGAAGAAUGUUGGCGUAUAUGGGCCACGUCUCAUUUUCUUGGAAGAAAAUAACCUUGGUGUUUACAUCUGUAAACAKAAAGGAUCUCCUCAGGAUAUCAACGUUUUUGAUUGCUUAGCUAUGAAAUUCAAAACGUUGAAUGUGGACGAGUUGGCAAAUGCAAUGAGAGACAUCAGAAGUGACCUGACCUUCAUGACCACCAGGACUCCUAAAGAGGCCAUACUGGUGCUAAUGGAUUCAAGCUCCUCCAUGAAUGAGACAUGCUAUGAUUCCGAUGACAAAAUGACGCGGUUGGAUGCAGUUAAACAGCUCUUUUGAUAACUUCGCAACUAGAAGCAUGGCGUACAAUUUUCAUCAUGUCAUUGGCUUGGUGAAGUUUGACUCAUCAGUUAAAACUCUCCACACAUUUACAGAGACUCUGGAGACRUUCAAGGAACACGUACACAAUCUGGAGGCCAAUGGAUGCACUGUGCUGUAUGAUGCCUUGAAACGUGGCAUGUCUCAACUGAAAAAAGUUGGAGAGCAAUUUCCAGACUGCAGACUUCGCAUCAUAUGUCUCACAGAUGGGAAUGAUGAUGGGU